GGGAGGCGCCGUUUCAGGUCGCGCGCCGCCCGCCGUCGUUCUCUCAACCCUGAGUGGCUGGGAAGGGAAGACGCCCAGAAGCCCUUGCGACGGGCCGUUUCCCCUGCCUUUGCCAGGAACUGCCCCGACUUGGGGUGUUGAGGCCUCGGCCCCCCCAAGUCGCCUCAACGGCCCUGCCAUCGCUUCCCCCCGCCCUCCUCAAGCCCCCGACGACUCUGACGAAUCAGCCAGCUCGAAGGAACAUCCGUGGGCAGAAAAAUGAACGCCCCGCCCUUAAUCCAGAACCUGCUGGAGAAGAUGGAGUCCGCUGACAAGGAUUUAAGGUUCAUGGCCACCUACGAUCUGAUAAUGAUGCUAAAGAAAGACUGCGUUAUGAUGGACGAAAAUACAACCAAAAAAAUGGUGACGAUGGUCCCAAUGCUGACGCAAGAUCAAAAUGCAUCGGUCCAGACUCUGGCAGUAACGUGCUUGUGCCUUCUGGUGCAAAAAGUGAAAGAGAUUCAAGUUGAGGUCAUCGUGGACACUUUGUGUGUCAAUAUGCUCACUGGGACCAAUAAAUUUCGGGACAUGUCUGGUAUUAGCCUUGGAAAAGUCAUUAAAGAAUUGUCUUCUUUAACAGUCUCACCUGUAAUGAUCCAAGUGUUCCAGAGACUCACGACUCAGCUCGUGGACGCUAUUGAGCGGCAUCACGAUGUGUCAGUGCAGAUAGAAGCUCUGGAUAUCCUGCCACAGGUACUAAGCAGGUUGGGGAAAGCUCUCUUGAACAUCCAAAUUCCUGUCCUCCACUGCCUGAUCUCACUGCUCACCAACCCCAACAAUACUCUGCGGAAGAGAGCCAUCAUUGCCCUGGGCUACCUCGUCAACAGCUGCAAUGGGGAUAUCAUCUCCUUCCUCAUGGAUCACCUGUUGAUGGGUAUAAGGAGCCACAGAUCUUUGUCUACCAUCAAAACUUACAUCCAGUGUGUCACCAACAUUGGAAAGAUGGCAUGCUGUCACAUCGAAAAAUACCUGGAGCAGAUCAUCCUACUGUUGGGGGAGGUCUGCAGCUUGGAAGACGAUGACCUGCGGGAAAAUUGCUUCUACGCCUACGAGGUCUUCACGAGAAGGUACUCUAGGGAGCUGGAUCCUUUCAUUCCCAGCAUAACCAAGCUGUGUCUUCAAUAUUUAGCUUACGAUCCCAUUUACAGUAACAACAAUGAGGAAACUACGGAUGACCAGCUGGACAGCAAUGAUGAGGCUGACCAACAAGAAAGUGAUGAUCAAUUCAGCGAGGACGAAGAUGACAUGAGCUGGAAAGUCCGCGGGGCAGUGGCCAAAUGCCUGGAUGCCAUUAUCUGCACUCGGCCUAACCAACUCCAGGAGUUCUAUCACACCCUGUCCCCAGCACUCAUUGACAGGUUCAGAGAGCGGGAGGAGAACGUUCUGGCCAAAAUCUUUGAGGCCUACAUCUCCCUGCUGAAGCAGACUCAGUAUACGAAGGAGAGGCUCCAAAUCGUGAUGGCCAAGGACAAAGAAAAUACUCCAUUCCUCAUGCUGCAGGAUCAGGUCCCCCACAUUGUCAACGCCCUCUAUCAGCUUCUCACGAGCAAAAACAACAAAGUCCGGCAGGGAUGUGUGAGCCUUCUCACCGAACUGUCUAAUGUCCUGCCGUGGUCUUUGACCAAGCACAUUCCUGUCCUGGUACCUGAAAUUGCCUUCUCCCUGGCCAACAAGUUGCAUCCCAGCAUGCGAUUUGACACUUUGGCCUUCUUUCACACCCUCCUGACUACCCAUCCCAGCGAGGCCUUCCAGCCCCACAUCUCAGCACUGCUGCCCCCGGUGAUGGUCUGUGUCAGCGACCCCAUCAACAAGAUCUCUUCUGAGGCCCUGCUGGUUACCCAACAGUUGGUGAUCGUUCUCCGGCUCCUGGAUGGGGCUUCCCGUUUUGAUACGCAUCCCUACGUUCAGCAGGUCUUCACUGCCAUCCUGGGCCAGCUGAAGGCCACCCACUCUGACCAAAAGGUGCAGGAGCAGGCUAUCAUUUGCAUGGGUCAGGUCGUGUGCCACUUCGGGGACCAGCUGGGUGACGACCUAGAGCCCACGUUGCUCAUCUUUGUAGAGAAGCUGAAGAACGAGAUCAGCCCGCUGAGCGCCGUCAAGGCCUUGACCCUGGUGGCAGACUGCCCGCUAAAGGUGGAUCUCGGGCCCCUGCUGGGAGAGGCCUUCCCCAUCCUGGCCCCCUUCCUGCAAAAGAACGAAUGGAGCUUGAGAAUGGCCACCCUGACGGCCCUCAAGACCUUGGUGAGGCGCCAUGGUGCCAGCCUCACGCCGGCAGCGGUUGAAGUGGUGCUGGCAGAACUGCCCAUCAUCAUCAGCGAUAGCGACAUGCACGUCUCCGAGGUGAUCGUGAGCUUCCUCACCACCGUGGCUCAGUGCCACCUCGACUCCCUCACCAAAGUCAGAGAGUCUCUCCUCCCGAAGAUACUUGAGCUGGUCUACUCGCCGCUGCUGCACGCUGGAGUGCUGCCGACUAUCACGGACUUCUUCCGGGCUUGGGUGGGGUCCGGAAGCUACGUGGCGCUGAUGAAGCAGCUUGUCCACCCCAUCUAUGACUCGAGUGCUAGCGCCCCAGACCUGCCCAAGCAGGCCUAUAACUCAGUGGCCACGUGUGUGGCUGCCCUGACCUCCAGCUGCCGCCAGGAGAUUCCUGGGACGGUGAGCCGGUUUGUCCAGGAGGCCCAGUCUCCCGACUCGAGCCCGGCGGUGAAGGUGCUGGCCUUCUUUGUGCUGGCCGAGUUGAGGCAGGAUGUGAGAGGAGAGGAGCAUCCAGAGCUAAAGGAUGUGCUUCUGGGGGCACUCUUAUCCCCCAUUCAGGAGGUGAAGGAGGCAGCAUCCCAUGCGCUGGGGACUGUUGGGGCAGAGAACCUCUCUGACUACCUCCCCCUGUUAAUGAAAGAGAUUAUGAUCCCGAGCAAAAGACAACACCUGCUGCUGCAUUCCCUGAAAGAACUAAUAGGAACCGCCCCAGCUGAGACCCUCGGGCCCCACGUGGAAGCCAUAUGGGCCCUACUCUUCACACAUUGCAAUGACGCUACGGACUGGGGCCAGAGCUUGGUGGCCAAGUGUCUAGCGCAACUAGUGCUUGUGAACCCUGGCCAGCUGCUGCCUCGGCUGAGGGUGAAGCUCUCAUCAGAUUCCCCCAACGUCCGUGGCACCAUAGUCACAUCUGUCAAAUUCCUGAUCUUCAAAUCGGCACAGCCCAUCGAUGACCUCCUAGAAGGUUGCAUAGGAGAUUUCUUAGGAACUCUUCAGGACUCAGAUUUCAACGUCUGCCAGGUUGCACUGGCCUUGUUUAUCAUCCUCGCACACCACAAACCCUCACUGAUCCGAGAUCGCCUCGACACUCUAUUGCCCCACAUCUACAUCAAGACCAAGGUCUGUCGGAAGCUCAUCCGGGAGGUGGAGAUGGGUCCAUUUAAACAUCGUGUGGAUGACGGCCUAGACCUCAGGAAGACUGCCUUUGAGUGCAUGUAUAUGAUGCUGGACAGCUGCCUAGAUAAGCUCAACAUCUACGAGUAUUUAGAACAUGUUGAGGAGGGGUUGAAUGAUCAUUAUGACAUCAAGAUGCUGAUUUUCAUCUUACUGAAUAGGCUGUCCAAGCUGUGCCCCCCAGAUUUGCUGCCGAAGAUAGAAGGCCUCCUUGAACCCCUCAAAAUCACUUGCACACAAGUACCCACCUCCGUGGUGUGGCAUCACCUUGCCAGCUCCGCUAUGCAAAUAUACCCACCACGGGGUUAGCAAGACUAACGAAGGGCAUAUGAAGACUACAAGUUCUUAAUCAACCGAAUGACUCCAAUUAUAACAAGUGACCCCAAUCAAGAGUAAUACUGAUUCAAGUUUAUGGUAAAUGGAGACCAGUUUUCAAAGCAAUAAACCACUUCAAUUC